AUGACGAGAAGGGUCAGGGAGGACCUCAUCACAGAAUUCCAGACCUUAAAGGGCGGCUACAAAGAGGAUGGAGGCUCCAUCCUCAUAAGGUGCCACAUGGAGAAGACAAGGGGCAAUGGAUACAAGUUGCACCAGCUAUUUUCCUUUCACUUGCAGAUAAGAGAUGAAGAAAGUGGCUAUAACAAAAAUCUAUUUUGCAUUCCUAAGCAUUAUGAAGAAGAUUUAGAAACAGUCUUCAUUCCUCAUGGACUCAUCCUGGACAGGACAGAACGUUUGGCUAGAGAUAUCAUGGAAGAUAUGGGAAGCCAUCACAUUGUUGCACUCUGUGUCCUUAAAGGAGGCUAUAAAUUCUUUGCUGAUUUGCUGGACCAUAUAAAAGCACUAAAUCAAAAUGAUGACAAAUCUGUGCCUAUUACUGUGGAUUUUGUUAGAAUAAAAAGCUACUGUAAUGGUUCGCCUACAGAAAAAAUCAGUAUUGUUGGUGAAGAACUGUCUACACUAAAUGGGAAGAAUGUGUUAGUAGUAGAGGACAUUAUUGAGACUGGUAGAACAAUGAAAGCGCUACUUUCAAAACUAAAAGACAACAAACCAAAGAUGGUAAAAGUUGUGAGCCUGCUCGUUAAAAGGACACAUCGAAGUCCAGGUUACAGACCAGACUAUAUAGGCUUUGAAAUUCCAGAUAAAUUUGUGGUUGGAUAUGCUCUGGAUUAUAAUGAGUACUUUAGAGAUCUAAAUCACAUCUGCAUUCUGAAAGAGAAAGCCAAAGAGAAAUACAGGAUCUGA